UCUCCCUGCCGGGGAACCCGGUGUGCGGCGCCGGCUGCGGCGGUCUCCGCCUCUGGGAAGGUAGGACCUGGCCGUAGUGGCUCCUAGGGAGGCUUUAGCGAGCCCCUCUCCAUCCCGUUCUGCUUCGCCCCUUCAUCACGCCCAGGGCUUUUGGGCUGGGGAGUCUCCCUGGAGGAGCUGAGCUGCGGGGGAUGACGGCUGAGAGCUGGCUGCGGGCACCAGGGCGGCGGGGCCCCGCGGAAAGGGUCCUUCUGGGGAGGGGGCGCGCAGGAGGGGUCCCUCUGGAGGAGGCCUCUCGGGAAAGAGAGGGCCCUGCGUGGGUGCUCCUCGGUGGCAGAAGCUGCCAGACGUCCCUCGGGGCCGGGCUUCGUGCAGUAGGUGUGUGCGCUGCCUUCUGCGCGGCACAGACCUCCUGCACGGCCGCAGUAGCGUCUUGGCAGCCUCGGCAAGGUAAUAUAUACCAUUGGUUUCCACGUUUUAGCGGUUUCUCUUCUCAGUUGCAUCUCUCAGUUAGAAGAGGGAAAGGCAGUAACCCAGUUCCUCUAUGGAGGACCAAUGGCAACUGGGUGAUAAGAGUUUGGGAGCUUGUGAGUUGCAUCAGGGGAAGGAGCUUCAUAAACUAAAACUGUUUUCUCAUAAGCUAGCUGGGAAAUGACAGUCUUCAGCAUUAAGUCAUCAAAUACAGCAAGUAGCUGUCAAGGAGCUGAUACUGUUUCCCAUCAAAGAUCCGGGCGCACAACACCUGAACCAGCAUUUUGACUGCUUUAGUCCAUCACAGAUACUUUCUUCUGGACUGUAUGACUUUCCAGCAGUGUUAUUGACUCCUGGGGUCUUAAACCACUUAAUACAGGGAAAAUUUCAAAACUGAAAUGCCACUAAUGUAAUACAUAAGUUGUAAAAUGUAGCACAGUAUUUGACAGUGCUACACAGUAAGGGAAUCGCAUGCCUCAGUUGAUACGUACCUCUUUACCUUGGGUACAGAAUCUGUGUUAAAACCAAAAGUAUUUUCUUUCUCCUGACCUAGUAUUUGUGUCGCUUGUUAUGUUAUUAUCACUGAAGGGAUGUAAAGGUGAUACUAGAGGUGUCCCAUGGAAAGGAACGGAGUGGCAAUAUGCUUAUCUGAGUAUAUGCAGUGUUCUGCUGAAGCCCUAUGGAAUGUGGCCUGUUUCCUCUAAGGAGCAGAGACAGUUGCAGAAAUGGAAUUAUACUAAUUAAUAAUUUAAAUACCUCAAAAUAAAUAAUGUAUACCCACGAAACUGUAAUAGCAGGCAUAUUUUUCUUCUCUUACAGAAAUGACAGGCUGCUUUAGUGUGAAUGAAUCCUGACAUGAUUCUGGAAACUGGGCCAACAUAUCAUUGAUUAUGCACUUUGAAGAAAAGUGGGAAGCCGGUUGGAUUUUCCCCAUCUUACAGCACCUCGCAGGUCUCUUCUCUAAGCAGUACGGUGCCUGAGUGAGUGGAAACAUACAGAUCAGCUGCAGGUUUCUGACUACAAAAACAGAGUGAAAGAGAAAGAAAAGGGUUGGGAAAGCUGAGACAAAUAUUGACCUGGACUUAUAGAAAGACAUCCAAUGGCUGAAUAAAGAACCCCUGUUCAUGUUUUGGGAUAUUCUUUCAACUGACUGGAACGAGAGCGGAUCAAAAGAAUGGGAAAUGCCAGCAGACCCUUUAGAAGAAUUGCUUAUUUCUUAUGCCUUUUAUCUGUGUUUUUGCUGACUGAAGGGAAGAAACCAGUGAAGCCAAAAUGUCCUGCCUGGUGUACUUGUACCAAAGAUAAUGCUUUAUGUGAAAAUGCCAGAUCUAUUCCUCGCAGCGUUCCGCCUGAUGUUAUCUCACUAUCCUUUGUGAGAUCUGCUUUUACUAAAAUCCCAGAAGGGAGUUUUUUGCUCACACCAUCUCUGCAGCUUCUGUUGUUUACAUCCAACACUUUUGAUGUUAUUAGUGAUGAUGCUUUCAUGGGCCUUCCUCAUCUAGAAUAUUUGUUCAUAGAGAACAACAGCAUUAAGUCAAUUUCAAGAAAUACUUUCAGAGGACUGAAAUCUUUAAUUCACCUGAGUCUCGCAAAUAAUAACCUCCAGUCGCUUCCAAAAGACAUAUUCAAAGGCUUGGAUUCUUUAACAAAUGUAGAUCUUAGAGGCAAUGCAUUUAAUUGUGACUGCAAACUGAAAUGGUUAGUGGAAUGGCUGGGCAGUACCAAUGCAACAGUUGAAGACAUUUACUGUGAAAGUCCACCAGAAUAUAAGAAGCGCAAAAUCAAUAGCCUCUCUCCAAAAGAAUUUGAUUGCAUUAUUACAGAAUUUGAAGUUUAUCAGUCCCUGCCAUACCAGUCUCUGUCAGUAGAUACCUUCUCAUACAUGAAUGAUGAACAUGUGGUUAUUGCUCAGCCUUUUACUGGAAAAUGCAUCUUUCUUGAGUGGGACCAUGUAGAAGUGAUGUUCAGGAAUUACGACAACAUUACAGGUACUUCAACUGUUGUGUGUAAACCUAUAGUUAUUGAGAGUCAGCUGUAUGUUAUUGUCGCACAGCUGUUUGGAGGCUCCCACAUAUAUAAAAGAGAUAUUUUUGCUAAUAAGUUUAUAAAAAUUCAAGAUAUUGAAAUCCUUAAAAUCCGAAAACCUAAUGACAUUGAAACUUUCAGGAUUGCUGAAGACUGGUAUUUUGUUGUUGCAGACAGUUCAAAGGCUGGUUUCACCACGGUUUACAAAUGGAAUGGGAAUGGAUUUUAUUCCCAUCAGUCUCUGCAUGCCUGGUACAGAGAUACUGAUGUGGAGUAUCUUGAAAUAUCUGGCAAACCACAUUUAAUUCUGUCAAGUAGUUCUCAAAGACCUGUAAUAUAUCAGUGGAACAAAGGAACAAAUGAAUUUGUUAAGCGUUUUGAUAUCCAAGAUAUGGAAGAUGCAUAUGCAGUGAAACAUUUCAAAGUGAAAGAGGAUGUAUACAUUUGCUUAACAAGAUUUAUUGGGGACUCUAAAGUAAUGAAAUGGGGUGGUUCGGCAUUUCUGGAUUUACAAAGGAUGCCAUCCCGAGGGUCAAUGGUAUUCCAACCGCUUCAGAUAAGUAAUUAUCAAUAUGCCAUUCUUGGAAGUGAUUAUUCUUUCACUCAAGUCUAUUAUUGGGAUGCUGAAAAGGCAAAAUUUGUGAAGUUUCAAGAAUUAAACGUACAGGCACCAAGAUCUUUCAUACAUGUCUCCAUCGAUAAACGAGAUUUUCUCUUUGCUUCAAGUUUUAAGGGAACUACAUUGAUUUAUAAACAUGUCAUAGUUGACUUAAGCGCAUGACACUCAUAAUUCUGAGAUUACAUCAGACUUUCUACCAUAAGUGGACAAAAUGAACUAAAUGCAUGACGACUCUCUUAUCUUACUUCCAAAUGAAUGCCUUUAAAAGUUGCGAUUGCUAGAACCAAGUAUUACUAGUAUCUUCAUCUCUAAUUGUCAAGUCUAGUGGUGUUGGAAGUUGCAUUUUUUAACAAAAAGAAAUUUAAUUAACUGUUCUUUGCAUCCACAAUAUGUAAAUAUGUGUGCAACUGCAUCUGUUGCUAUAAAAAAUAUUAAGAUGUAAUUUUCCAUUUAUUUAUUCACCUGUUUGAAACAACUGCCAAAUAAAAUGUUUACAUUUUGUGUCUUUCACAUUCCAAA